AUGUCGCCCCUCGACUGCCGCCAUCAUCGAAGCGCCCUCUGCGGCUCCGCGCUCCCCUCGUUCGUCUCGGCUGACGAGACGCAUGCUCCGGAUCGCGCGAUCGAUGUGUUAGGCUCUUCGCCAUGCCCGCUCCGCCGCCACUCGCUUCCGCCGCUCGUCCUGCGAGGCCCAUCCGUGCCGCCCCUCGACUCCACCGCUCGCUCCUGCCCCGCGCCACCCCCCGCUUCCCCGCCUUCCCCCACUGCUGCUGGCAUGGCGUGCAGAGUCAAUACGACAGGCUCAGCAGUGCCUGGGGCGCCGGUAGUGCUGUCGCAUGCCACCACGCACGCGCCUAGCGCGGCCGUACCGGGUUGCGCCGCCAAUAGCGGUUCGCCUCACGGCUGUGGACGCGAAGCGUCGUGCGCGGCAUGCGCGUGGCGACUGCGGCUGCGCGCGCUGCUGGCGUCUGCCACGGCGAGGGCGCCGGGAGGCGGAGAAGGCAAGGGGCAAGGGCCGGCGGUAGCUGCGCGCGGGCCGCACGGCGAAGUGCGGCUGCCGCUGGGGGAGGAGCAGCAGCGACAGGCGGUGGCUCCACUGCCGUGCAACGGACCAUGCGACGGCGGCGCUGCGUGUGGCGCACAGGGUCAAGACAAGCCGUCGGAGCAGGAGCAGCGAGCGCGAGAGCAGGGGAAGGAGGGCGCGGUUGUAGCCGCGCAUGAUGGAGCACCCCGCAUGGCAGCGUCGUGUGGCAGCACCUCUCCCCAGCGGGAGUGCGCAGGUGCAGGGGAUGAGCAGCGGGCAGGCAGGGGCGACGAGUGGGCCGCUCACGGCAUGGGCGUCGCUCAGGCGCCAGCAGCGGUGCUGGUACAGCGGGACAGCGAGGCAAGGCGAGCAGCAGCAGAGGCGGCAGGCGAGGAGAGCCCGCCGUGCGUGGUGCUGCCGCUGGGCGUCAGCCCUGAACUGCUGCUCGCCUCACCCAUACUGCCGCCCUCUCAUCGCGCCUUCUGCCUCGCCACCUCGUCAGCAUCGGGCCACGCGGCUCCAGGAGCUGCCUCGCGACAGGGCACUCACGCGCAGCACCCGCGUGCACCUGCGCCCUCUCCCUCUGCGCGCACCAGCGCCCCUUGGCCCCAGCAGCAGCAUGCCCCACACCUGCCCUCCCAAGUGCGUGUGCACGCCAGCAGGGCGGAAGAGGUGGGGGCGAGCGCGGGGAGGGAGGAUGGCGGUGGGGCAUUUGGGAGGGAAGGCGCAGGAGUGGACGAGGGUAAACCGCAGGGGAUGCAAGAGCAGGCGGGUGGCGAUGGGAGAGCAGGUGGUGGGAGCGCGGUGGGGAUGCACACUCACACUGGGGCUGCCAUGGACACACGCUGCAAGGAAGGGGCAACAGUGGCCAUAGGCAGAGGGCUGAAACGUUUGCGGAGGGAGGAGAGAAGGACGAAGGGGGAGGGCAAAGCGCGUGAAAGGAGAGCGUCCAAGGCAUGCAGCAAGAGGCAUUGUGCACCACCCGCAUUGCCCUCCCACCCAUGCUCAAUCGCUGCUGUGGACGGCUCGCAGCAGCAGCAAGAACCGGGUGGGGAGAGGCAGAGCGAAGGGCAAGGGAGUGAGGGGCAGGGUGCGAAAGUGGUGGUGCGCGUGGCACGUGAGGAGGAGGCGGUGGAGGAUGGGUACCGGUGGCGCAAGUACGGACAGAAGGUGGUGCGCGGCAACACAUACCCUCGGAGUUACUUCAAGUGCAGCCAUCCGGGAUGUGUGGUACGCAAGCAUGUGGAGCGAUCGAGCCACCCACCCUUUGACGUGGUAACCACGUACGAGGGCCGGCACAACCACGAGCUGCCAGCAGCGAAGCCAGGCCACGUGUACAUGUGCUUUGAGGGGGAGGGGGUGUUCACUGUGUCGGCUGUGCCUGUGAAGGGUGUUGCUGCAAGCAGGGCUAAGAGCAGUGGAUAUGGGGGGAAUUAG